AUGUCGACCCCCGUUGGACCACGAGCAUCCAAGGAUGACUUCAUGCGUGCACUUGGUCUAGAUGCAAACAAUCCUCAGCAUGAGCCAUAUUACCGUGCCAUGAGGGAUGAAGCCAUUGCAGUGUACAACUAUAUGCAUCGAAGCAACUCGGACUUGCUUGAUAACUAUCGAGCCGACCCAAACAUGCGGCCACCGUAUUGUUGGCAUUACAUCCGCCCCGAACGACAGCGCUGGGGUGUGAUGGAGAUAUGGAGGAAUUCAGGGCCUGUGACACGACCCCUAUUUGACCGCGGUGCUACCCAUGGGGAGUAUGGUCCUAAUUGGGUUACUGGAUGGCUGUUGUACAGUGUAUUCCGGUCGCGGGACAUACGCAACAAUCGCCAUCGUAACCAGAACAAGAAAGACCAAGGCGGCGGCGCCAACGGUGGUAGUGGCUGCAGUAGUAGCAGCAGCUCCGGUAUAUUCAACACUUUCGUUUCCCCUUUCCCAAAUUAG